AUGACGAUAAAUAACCCCGGUGACUCCUUCGAGUUGCAAUCCAUCUCAUUGGAAAGUAGAACAACCCCAGAAGAAGACGAUAAUGAAGACGAUAACGACAACGAUCUUGUCCUCCACGAACUAGAUUAUGAAGAAUCCCCUGCCACCGACCAUGACGACACCGGGAAGUCCAGUAUGAAAAUGGCAUUCAUGAACAUGUCCAACAGCAUAUUGGGGGCCGGGAUCAUUGGACAGCCUUACGCCACCAAGAAUUGUGGGAUCUUCACCAGUUUGAUAACCUUUGUUUUACUCACGGUAAUCAUUGACUGGACCAUCAGAUUGAUAAUCAUCAAUUGUAAACUAUCGGCAACAAAAACCUACCAGGAUACUGCGUACAAGUGUUUUGGCAAACCAGGAAAAAUCGUGAUCUUGAUCUCUCAAGGAUUUUUUGCAAUUGGCGGGUCCAUUGCCUUUUGUAUCAUCAUUGGUGAUACCAUUCCUCAUGUUUUACAAUCGAUCACCCCCAGCUCCUGGAUCGAGAACAAUGCUCUUUUAGCGUUGAUUUUGAAGAGAAACACCGUGAUUGUCUUGCUCACUUGCUUCAUUUCUUAUCCAUUAUCGUUGACCGAUAAUAUUGCCAACCUCGCGGUAUCGUCGCUUUUUGCAUUGAUUAACAUGGCAACUAUCAUUCUUAUUAUUGUCAUUCAUGGGUUCACCUUAUCCAAAGAGACCGUUUCCCGAUACACUUUUGAAAACCCGUUCCAAGGCUACGUGUUCAAUCCACAGUUAUUCCAGGGGAUCAGUGUGAUAUCAUUUGCUCUAGUUUGCCAUCAUAAUACCUCAUUCAUUUACGAUUCUUUAAGAAAACCAACAUUGGACAGAUUCACCAAAUUAACCCAUCUUAGUUGUUUCAUCUCCAUGAUUUGCUGUGCCCUUGUGGGGGUUUCUGGAGAUUUGAUCUUUAAGGAUAACACCAAGGGUAACAUCCUUAAUAAUUUCCCUGAAGAUGAUUGGGUCAUCAAUAUUGCUAGAGUGUGCUUUGGGCUUAACAUGUUGACGACCUUCCCGCUUGAAAUCUUUGUCGUUCGCCAAGUGAUGAAUGAUUUAAUAAACAUUAACAAGAACCCAGAGAAAAUAGCUCAUCAGCCAUUAUCACAAACCGAUAAUGAUUUCGACCAAGUUGAUGAUCUUGAAGAACCUAAGGGCGAAGAAAUGUCAUAUAACAAACGAUUCUGGAUAACCACCUUAUUAGUGUUUGUGACCAUGGGAGCAUCAUUACUUACUUGUAAUCUUGGGGCCACUUUGGAACUUAUUGGAUCGGUCUCUGCAUCAAUCAUGGCAUUUAUUUUCCCAGUGAUGUGCUAUAUGAAAUUGACCGAUUACAAAUCAAAGACUCUAAAGGAGAAUCUCUGUGGUUAUUUUGUGAUUGUAUUUGGAGUAUUGAUUCUUGUGAUUUCUUCAGCCCAAACUAUUGUCCAGGCAAUCAAUGAGAAGGGUGGGGGUGAUCAUUGUAAAGUUGGAUGA